AUGGCUGCCCUCGAUAUUGUGGACGACGUGGAUCUGUUUCCUUAUGAAUCCAAUUCUGUCUCAACAGGAGAGGCUGCUGUGAAAUUAGAAGACUUCUAUACCCUCGUAGCCCACGAAGGUACACCUAUAGGACUUGUUAGCAGUGCAAUUACUAAGUAUUUCAGUAAGGAGACUUCUUUUACCACGAACAAUUCUGCGAAGACAAUAACACUUAAACCGGAGUACAAUACUUUACAACUCAGAAACGACCUUUUCGCUGAAAUCAGCUCUCGCUGGAGGAAUCUUCCAGAGUUCGAGGAGCUUCUUGAUAAAGGCUGGAGAAACGAACUCUAUACCGUAUUCAAUCCCUCGCAUACUCCAUAUGUGCAAAUAGAACGAGCAUUUUCUGUAUUGACGGGUGUUGUAACUUAUGGAGCUCAUUUGACAGGAUAUGUGCCACCAGAGAAGUCUGAGAACGGAAAGUUGAAGUUAUGGAUUCCUCGUCGAUCCUCGACAAAACCUACAUAUCCUGGCAUGUUAGACAAUACCGUUGCUGGAGGAUUGGGAUAUCCCCAUGGAAUAUGGGAGACUGUAGUCAAAGAAGCCUACGAGGAGGCCGGACUUGAUGAAGACUUUGUAGUUUCUCAUACCAAAGGUGCUGGUGUACUUCUGUACAUGUAUGUGACGAGCGACGGAAGAGUCCAACCAGAAGUAGAGUACAUAUACGAUCUCGCAUUUGACAACGAGACUGAAGUAGUGCCCCUGCCUGUUGAUGGCGAAGCUGAAUACUUCAGUCUCAUGGAUGUGGAUGAAGUGCUUGAGAGAGUAAAGAACAAGGAGUUCAAGCCUAACUGUGGCAUAGUGAUCUUUGACUUCUUAAUCAGACACGGGUACAUCACUCCCGAGAAUGAACCAAAUUACCAUGAAAUCGUCAGCAGAUGUCAUAGAAGAAUGCCUUUCCCAAUCAGAUAG